AUGACCAUCUCCCACUAUGGUGUCUGGGCCUGUCAGCCUACUCGCUAUACCGCUGAGACUGAGAAGCAGGACUCCAAGUCCCCCCAUAUCUAUCUUUACUUCACCGACGACUCCUCGUCCAACAAGAAGCUCGAGGCAGCCAUCAAUGUCAAGUCUACCGAUAAGGAUACCCGUCUUGUCUUUUGGCUGAACCGCAAUUUCAACCACCCCAUCACCGAAGAGCUUUCGCAACUCGAGCAGGGUUUCCAUCUGGCCCAGUCAAGUGCCUAUUCCAAUUCAACCCAUGAUGAGAACAGUCAACAUUCUUCUCACUAUCAAAGUCACGGUCACCACCAUAAACACAGCAACCGUGAGCGCCUUGUUCGCAGACAAGAGUCCACCUUGCAGGGUCUUGACUACGUCCGUACGAAGGGCCUUAUCGAUAUCGAGUCUGGUCAAGUCCUCCCGCAUGACAUACCUGGUCCUAACAACGACAUUCUGGACAAGCUCGACCCCAUUCUGACCGACGCGAUCAACAAAAAAGCGACUGCCUAUAUCUUUGGAUCAUCAUAUGGCUCCGGUAUUCAUGAUGUGCACAUGAACCAGGGCAGUCUUCCCAGUUUCGAUAACGGCAUUUACGAAGAUGGAGCAUUGUUGUUCAAGUUCGAUGACGGACACUGGGAGGCUGUGUUCCUGGCCUUUGCCUCGCAGAAGAUCCCGACGGAUGACCAAGGUGAAGCACAGUCAAACAGCAAGUCGCUGGCGGAUAUUCUGGGACAGUAA